AGCGUAAAACGUCAUAGCUACACAUAUUCUAUGAAACUCACAGUUCUGUACAUAUUUAGUGUACUGUAAAUGAUCUCGUCCUGUAGAUGUUGUUGUUUUGUUUUUGUAAAGCAGCAUUGAGAAACAGCAAAGAAAGUAAAACACCUCAGGGGGAAAAAUAAGGAUACAUUGAACGCUUCCAUCAUGACUAGCUACUUUGGCAGAAAAUGCCUUCAGAAUUGUUUCAGAUUGUUGAAAUACCAGAAUGUUAAAGUACCUUUACAAUCAUCACGCCAUAUUAGUGUUUCACCUGCGUUGAAUCAUUUUGAAGAAGAUCGGCCUGUUUUUCCUGGCUCCCGUUCAACCUAUACACCUGCACUUGAAUUCUUAAGAUCUGACAUGUACGAUGGUAUUCCUGUCUACAGGGUAAUGAAUAAAAAAGGAGAAGUUAUCCAAAAGGAUCAAGAUCCCCAAUUGGAUGAUGACACAGUGUUAAAGAUGUACCAUGACAUGACAUUGCUGAACACUAUGGACCGAGUGCUCUAUGAUUCUCAAAGACAAGGCAGAAUUUCAUUCUACAUGACUAACUAUGGAGAAGAGGGCACUCACAUUGGGUCAGCUGCAGCUCUUGAUCCUGGUGAUUUGGUAUUUGCUCAGUAUCGGGAAGCAGGUGUGUUGCUAUGGAGAGGCUUUCAGUUAGAUGAGUUCAUGAACCAAUGCUAUGGCAAUAAUGAAGAUGUUGGAAGAGGAAGACAAAUGCCAGUCCAUUACGGCUCUAAGAACCUUAACUUUGUUACUAUAUCCUCAACUUUAGCCACACAAAUGCCACAAGCUUCUGGUGCAGCUUAUGCUUACAAACGUGCACAGAAUGGUAAGUGUGUUAUUUGCUAUUUUGGUGAAGGUGCUGCUUCAGAAGGAGAUGCUCAUGCUGCAUUCAAUUUUGCUUCUACUUUAGAUUGUCCUGUGAUAUUCUUCUGUCGAAAUAAUGGUUAUGCUAUUUCAACACCAACCAGGGACCAGUAUCGAGGAGAUGGAAUUGCAUCUCGAGGCCCUGGUUAUGGAAUGGCAACUGUGCGUGUUGAUGGCAAUGAUGUAUUUGCUGUAUACAAUGCAACAAAAGCUGCUCGCAAUGUGUGUCUAAAUGAAAUGAGACCAGUCUUAAUUGAAGCUAUGACUUAUCGUAUUGGUCACCACAGCACAUCAGAUGAUAGCUCAGCCUACCGGUCAGUUGAUGAGGUAAACUAUUGGGAUAAAGAAGAUCAUCCUAUUGCUAGACUAAGAGCCCAUAUUGUCUCUCGAGGUUUAUGGAAUGAUGAUAAGGAGAAGUCAUGGAAACGUAUUACAAGAAAGAGAGUACUGGAAGCGUUCUCAAAAGCAGAAGCACGAAAGAAGUGUAACCCAGAGUCAAUGUUUGAUGAUGUCUAUGAUGUGGUUCCAGAUCAUAUUCAAAAACAGAGAAUGGAAAUGAAAAUGCAUGUUAAUCAAUACAAAGAACACUAUCCUUUAAAAUUGUUUGACAAAAUGUCAGGUUUAUAGCCAGAAAAUUUAGUCUUUUUUUUUUUUUGUAUUUUUUUACCAAUUUUAUUUUGAAAUACUUCAAGACAGAGUCUGACGUGAUUUCAUAAAGUCAAAUGAAAUAAAGUUUAAAAUAGAUUUUCACUUUAAUCAGUGAUUUUUUUUUUUUUUUUUUUUUUUUUUUGAAUGGUCAAUGGUGUUGUAAUCAUUAAAAAGAAUUAAAAUAGUAGGAAACAAUGUUAGCACUUCUGGAAGACAUCAACAAUAAAAGAUAUAACAUAUCAAAAUUCUGUCAUUUUGCAUGGAAAAACAUGGAAAAAUUUGGGGAAAAAAACUAAUGAAGAAUAAAGGUGUAAUUAAACUGUUGCAACCUCAGAGUAUACAAUACUUCUGAUAAUAUAAAAUAUGCUGCUACACACAUGCACACAUACAUGCAUGUGUAUUAUUUUAUUGCUUUCAGUGAUCAGGUUUGCAGAUGGCUGGGAGCCUGCUUUUAAGAUAAUUUUAUCAAUUUUAGUACUUACUUGUUUGAAUUUCAUUGAUUGAUAUUUAUUAAAUCACAAAGUCAAGUUUUUUGAUACUACUCUUGGUUUAACAACCAUAAACAUGAACACAGAAAUAAAAAUACUUACAUGCA